GUCCUUUCAUGGGCGUGGCUGAAGAAAGGAUUCAUAAAUGAAGUUCAAUCCUUCUCAUCAACCCCAGCCCACACCUCCAGCAAUUGAACUUGAAAAAAAAAACCUGGUUUGAAAAAUUACCGCAAACUAUAUUGUCAUCAAAAAAAAAAAAAAAAAACACUUCCUAUAUUUGAGAUGAGAGAAGAGAGUGCUAGGCAGUUUCCUGGCUGAACACGCCAGCCCGAUACUUAAAGAGAGCAACUCCUGACUCCGAUAGAGACUGGAUGGACCCACAAGGGUGACAGUCCAGGCGGACCGAUCUUCCCAUCCCACAUCCUCCGGCGCGAUGCCCAAAAGAGGCUGACGGCAACUGGGCCUUCGGCAGAGAAAGUCCUCCGCUCCACUGCCCCGGCUGGUCCCAAGGGUCAGGAAGAUGGAUUCAUACCUGCUGAUGUGGGGACUGCUCACGCUCAUCAUGGUGCCUGGCUGCCAGGCAGAGCUCUGUGACGAUGACCCGCCAGAGAUCACACACGCCACAUUCAAAGCCAUGGCCUACAAGGAAGGAACCAUGUUGAACUGUGAAUGCAAGAGAGGUUUCCGCAGAAUAAAAAGCGGGUCACUCUAUAUGCUCUGUACAGGAAACUCUAGCCACUCGUCCUGGGACAACCAAUGUCAAUGCACAAGCUCUGCCACUCGGAACACAACGAAACAAGUGACACCUCAACCUGAAGAACAGAAAGAAAGGAAAACCACAGAAAUGCAAAGUCCAAUGCAGCCAGUGGACCAAGCGAGCCUUCCAGGUCACUGCAGGGAACCUCCACCGUGGGAAAAUGAAGCCACAGAGAGAAUUUAUCAUUUCGUGGUGGGGCAGACGGUUUACUACCAGUGCGUCCAGGGAUACAGGGCUCUACACAGAGGUCCUGCUGAGAGCGUCUGCAAAAUGACCCAUGGGAAGACAAGGUGGACCCAGCCCCAGCUCAUAUGCACAGGUGAAAUGGAGACCAGUCAGUUUCCAGGUGAAGAGAAGCCUCAGGCAAGCCCCGAAGGCCGUCCUGAGAGUGAGACUUCCUGCCUCAUCACAACAACAGAUUUUCAAAUACAGACAGAAAUGGCUGCAACCAUGGAGACGUUCAUAUUUACAACAGAGUACCAGGUAGCAGUGGCCGGCUGUGUUUUCCUGCUGAUCAGCGUCCUCCUCCUGAGUGGGCUCACCUGGCAGCGGAGACAAAACCUUUGGAAUAGCUGUGGCCUAGAGAGAUGCAACAGCUUGGAGAAGAUGGCACAGCAGAGGCCAGCACUGCAACAUGAAUCUAGAGCCCAUGAUUUUCCCACCCAGCCCCUACCUAUGGAGGACCCAGGGCAGCAUCUAUGCUGAGCUUUGCCUAUCCUGUGCUCCCCACCCUCCCGUCCACAGAAGCUCACACCGGCAUCCCCUUGACCAGGAAUGUAAACCAUGUGUGGUCUUUUUGCAUUAACUCAGAUUUUCAACCCUGGAUGCAUCUUAGAACAUCCAGGAGACAGUCUUCUAAAAUACCAGUGAGUGGCAAGAUAUGAGUAAAUUCCACAGGAAAAGGAAGGCAGUCCAAAGGGCUGUGCUUCUCCUGUGGCUCAGUGUUAUUCAUAGCUGUGACAUCUUUUAAGAGAGGUUUACAAGAGGGAAAUCCUGUCACCAAAACCAUUGUGACCCACUUUGAAUUUGGGGGGAAUCUUCAUUUGCAACAAUAGAAGAACAAAUUUGUUGCAAUAGGAAAUAUUUUUGUAGCUUAUGUAGGUUGUUCAGCCAAAACAGCAUAAUAAUUUAAAAAGUUAAAAGAUAGGCCAGGUGUGGUGGCUCAUGCCUGUAAUCCCAGCACUUUGGGAGGCUGAGGCAGGUGGUUACCUGAGGUCAGGAGUUCAGGACCAGGCUGGACAACAUGGUGAAACCCUGUCUCUACUAAAAAAUACAAAAAUAAGCCGGGCGUGGUGGUGGGUGCCUGUAAUCCCAGCUACUUGCGAGGCUGAGACAGGAGAAUCACUUGAACCCAGGAGGCGGAAGUUGCAGUGAGCCAAGAUUGCGCCACUACACUCCAGCCUGGGCAACAAGAGUGAAACUCUGUCUCAAAAAAAAAAAAGAAAAAGGUAAAAGAUAUCAAUGCUUGGGCUCCAGUCAGAAUGUCUGGGGGUGAGCCCAAGACAUCAGUACCUAUUUUUAAUUGAGAUAAAAUUCAUCAUUUAACCAUCAUAAAAUGCACAGUUCAGUGGUGUCUUAGCCCAUUUUGUGCUACUGUAACAGAAUGCCUGAGACUCGGUAACUUAUAAAGAACAGAGAUUUAUAAAGAACAGAGAUUUGCAACUUAUAAAGAACAGAGAUUUCUUACCAUUCUGGAGGCUGGGAAGUCUGAGGUCGAGGGGCCCCCAUGUAUCAAGGGCCUUUGUGCUACGUCAUCCUGUGGCAGAAGGCAGAAGGGCAAGAGAGUGAGAGACAGCAGGAGGGGCUGAACUCAGCUUUUAUCGCAAACCCACUCCUGCAAUAACAACAUUAAUCCAUUCAUGAGGCAGAGCCCUCGCGACCUGAUCACCUCUUCAAGAUCCCACCUGUCAACAUUGCUGGAUUAGGGAUUAAGUUUCCAACACCUGAGCUCUGGGGGAUGUAGUCAAACCACAGUAAGUGGUAUUUAGUAUGUUUGCAGUGUUGUACAGCCAUCCCCACUGAUUCCAGAAUACUUCCAUCAUUCCCAAGAGAAGCCCCACACUGCCAAGUUCCCCAUUCUCCCCAGCCCCGGAAACCACCACUCUAUGUUCCGUCUCUAUGGAUUUGCCUAUUCUGGACAUUUCGUGUAAAUGGAAUCACGUGGCCUUUUAUGUCUGGGAUAGUCGUACGUUUUAAAGCCCCUCAGAUGUAUCUAAUACAUAUGCAUCCAGGUUUGACAACCCUACACCAGGCCAUUGGUUUUCAAACUUGAACUAGCACCAGAAUCAUCUGUAGGAACAUAAAGAAAUGAUAAAUGUUUGAGAUGAUGGAUAUGCUAAAUACCAUGAUCUGAUCACUGUACCUUGUAGGUAUCAAAGCAUCCCUACAUACCUCAUAAAUAUAUAUAUAACUAUUAUGUGUCAACUUAAAAACAUUUGUUGAAAGAAUCAUCUGGAGGCCUUGUUAAAGCACAGAUUGCUGGGUCCCACCUGUGGAGUUUCUGACGCAGUCGUCUUGCUUAGGUCCGGGAAUCUGUAUUUCUAUCAGGUUCCCAGGUGAUACUGACGCUGCCGUUCCAGGGAGCAGACUCUGAGGAUCACCGCACUAGGCUAACAGCAUUAAGAAUCAGGAAGCUGGCCAGACUCACGCUUGUAAUCCCAGCACUUUGGGAGGCCGAGGCAGGCGGAUUACUUGAGGUCAGGAGUUUGAGACCAGCCUGGCCAACAUGGAGAAACCCUGUCUCUUCUAAAAAUACAAAAAUUAGCUGGCUGUCAUGGUGCGCACCUAUAAUCUCAGCUACUCGGGAGGCUGAUGCAGGAGAAUCGCUUGAACCCAGGAGGCGGAGGCUGCAGUGAGCUGAGAUCGUACCACUGCACUCCACCCUGGGUGACACAGCAAGACUCUGUUUAAAAAAAAAAAAGAAAGAAAGAAAAAAGAAAAGAAAGAAAAAGAAAAAGUAAACUCUAGAAACUCCCUCUGUCUCUCUCUUGAUUAUCCAGGGCCUCCCUGACCCCUGCCAGCAUCCACUCUGGCCAACCCUGAUACAAACUCCACAGUAAGACCCUGAGAAAAUACAGAUCCACUCCCCCAAAACCAAAGCCCUUAGCCCAGCCAGAGAGAAAAAUAAAAUAUCUCUUCCCUUCUUAUAUGGGUCAUCAGGUCCAUAACAUACUCCUAAUUUUCCUCAUGGGAAUUAAAAAGUAUAAAUUACUGCAGUGCAAAUGAUAAGCCCCCCAGGGUUAUUGUAGCAGGAAUGAUUUAUAUACCCGGCAGUCUACCAGUUUCUCUAAGGGGUUAGCUGACUCCUAAGGUGUCAUUUUAGGCUUCCAGGAGGGGAAGGAUGUGACGUGGCUGACAUGUUGUACGUGUACUCAGUACUUGCAUCCUCUCCUUCCUCAGGCUGAACACCUGACAAGCCUUAACACCUUGCAAGGAUUUUUUUCAUUUGUUAGUUUGAAGAUCAAAAGCCUUCGGGCCCAGAGGACAAAGCUAUUUGGAAGUAGGAAUGGUUCAGUGUUUAUGUUGUGAAACAAAUAACUGUGUGAACCUAUGUGAGUUCCCACAAGGUCUCCCAGAACUACAAUCUUUGGGGAGACUCAAACAUACAUCUAGAAAUGACCCCUCUAGUCAGUUUGUCCGAAAGCGUUCCUAGAAUCUGAUAUCAACCCAUGGUGCCCUCUUGUGGAAACAGAAAUGCUGCAUUUGAAUUACCGAAAGAUCACUGUAGCCCAGCCAGAGUUUUGUUUGGGGAAAUAUUUUUUGUUUGUUUCGGGCAAUGACCAGGAGCCCGUGAUGUGCUACAGAAGGCUCACAGUGGCUUGUGAGAGCCAGCGGUUAAAUUUUCGGGACUUCUGCAAACUGGUUUUUAAGCAUAGCCAUUAUGGAAAAUUAAAGUAUUUAGGCUGGGAGCAGUAGCUCCUGCCUGUAAUUCCUGCACUUCGGGAGACUAAGGUGAGAGGCUCGCUUGAGACCAGCCUGGGCAACAAAGUGAGACCUUGUCUCUACAAAAACAUUUUAAACUUAGCUAGGCGAGGUGGCACAUACCUGUAGUCCCAGCUACUGGUAAGGGCGAGGUGGGAGAAUCCCUUGAGUCCAGCAGUUCAAGAUUGCAGUGAGCUGUGAUCAUGCCACUGCACUGUAGCCUGGGUGACAGAUUGAGACGCUGUCUCAAAAAAAAAAAUAAAUAAAGUAUUUAAAUUUACAAUUUAAUAAAUUAUAUUAAAAACAAAGGCAAGAAUUACU